GUUUGAUGAACGAGGGAGCUCGAGUGAUCGGUGUCGCCGGAGUUCCUCCAUUCGGGUGCUUGCCGGUGGUCAUCACGAUAAAUUCCGGCAGUGCACUUCAACCCCGCCAAUGUGUUGAGUCGUACUCUGCCGUUGGAAGAGAGUACAAUUUGCUUCUUCAACAUUUGCUAAAGACUAUGCAAAUUCAUGACACAAAAUUAUUCUACGCCGAUAUCUACAACCCUUUAAACGACAUGAUACAAAAUCCAGCUAAAUAUGGUUUUACUGAAGUUACUAAGGGCUGCUGUGGAAGUGGAUUUAUUGAAGCUUCAAUUCUGUGCAAUCCAAAGUCAAUUGUUUGCAGUAAUCCUUCACAACAUAUGUUUUGGGAUUCAGUCCACCCAAGUCAAGUUACUUAUUACACUUUGUUCCAAGCCUUGCGUCCUACCAUUGAUUUUGUUAUCAAACAAUAAUCAUAUGGUGAAGAACACGAAAAUAGAAAAUUAACAAGUGAUUAGAAAUUGUUCUGAUUCAUGUAUUUCCAAGUUUAGAUGAUUAUGAUGAACAUACUAAUUUCUGA